UCUUCGGUAGCCCGCCUUUUCAGCCACCACGACCCGCGACCACCUCCAUGCCUCCGCGCCUCCUGUUCCGCCGCCUCCUCUCCACCGCCGUCGCAGCUCCCGCCCCGGAGGCCGCCGCCGCCGCGCCGAGGCCCACCGACCCGGCGCUGCUCGUCCGCCUCUGCACGAUCCUCUACCAGCAGCAAAACGCCCCGGACGCCGCCCUGCAGCGCCGCCUCUCCGCGCUCCCCCUCCCCUCCGCCCCCGCCGACCUGCGCGAGCUCUUCCUCCAGGCGUCCGCGCGGUUCCCGCUCUCCUGGCGUCCCGUGCAGCGCCUCCUCGCGCACCUCACCGCCCGCCACGGCUUCGCGCACUCCCCCGCCACCGCCGCGCGCUUCCUCGACGUCCUCGCCAAGUCCAGCAACGUCGACCUGCUCCACUCCACGCUGCUCGCCCUCCCUCCCGGGCUCCUCUCCGGCGCGGCCCUCCGCGCCGCCGUCCGCGGCCUCGCCCCCGCCCGCGAGGUCGGCAAGGUCUCCGCCCUCCUCACCCUCUUCCCCGAAGCGCAGCGCCCCCGCGUGCUCGCCUUCAUCGUCGACGUCGUCUGCUCCGUCUGCAAGCUGCCCGACGUGGCAGAGAAGGUGGUCAAGCAAGCCGAGCACCGGUACGGCCUCGCGCGCUGCGGCAGGUGCUGCGAGCUGCUGCUCGUCGCGUACUGCCGCGCGGGGAUGUUCGCCGACGCGUGCAAUGUGUGGAACGGGAUGGAGAAGCGCGGGAUCGAGCCCGGCGCGGCGGCAUACGAAGAGAUCGUGGUGACGCUGUUCAAGAACAACCGUAUCCCUGACGCCAUGAAGGUGUUCGAUGGAAUGCGAAGGAGGGGGCUGUCUGCCGGCCAUGGUGGCGCGUGCUACCACGCGGUUGUCUCGUGGCUGUGCAAGGAAGGAAGGACCUGGUCGGCAUUCAUGGUGUUGGCCGAAAUGGUUAAGAGAGGGGUGGAGGUGGACGGAGAGGUGCUGGGGGAUUUGGUGUAUAGCCUCUUGGCGAGGAGGAGGGUGAGGGAAGGGUACAGUGUCUUUCAUGGUGUCAAGGAGAAGGAUAUUGCACUGUACCACGGGUUGAUGAAGGGUUUGGUGAGGAUCAAGCGAGCUGGGGAGGCGACUGAGGUGUUCAGGGAGAUGGUUGCCAGUGGGUGCGAGCCAAACAUGCACACCUACAUCAUGUUGCUUCAGGGGCACUUGGGGAAGAGGGGCAGGAAGGGCAGGGAUCCAUUGGUGAAUUUUGAGAGCAUCUUCGUCGGCGGAUUGGUGAAGGCGGGGAGGACACUGGAGGCCACUAAGUUUGUGGAGAGGACAAUGUGGGGUGGAGUGGAUGUGCCGAGGUUUGACUAUAAUAAGUUCUUGUACUACUUCUCGAAUGAGGAGGGAGUAGCGAUGUUUGAGGAGGUUGGAAGGAGAUUGAGGGAAACAGGUCAUGUUGAUCUUGGGGACAUUUUUCUAACCUAUGGCGAGAGGAUGGCCACAAGGGAUAGGAGGAGGAGAGCGAUGAAUGGGCGUUUGACAGCAGUUGAAGAUUAUAGUUGCUUACCAUCAUCUCAGGAGUCAGAAGCUAGGAGCGUGUGAUGUGUAUUACGUAUCAUAGGAAUGUCAAAUACAGUACAGUUUUGAGGAACAAACAAAUAUUUUGUGCUUGCAUUUGUCUUGCCUCUUGCUUCCAUUCUCUUUGGACUUCUGGUAGUAUGUGUCUUUUUUUCGAGUGUCUUGGUAAGUCUUUCAGGGAUUAGGAGGAUACACGGUUCACCUUCAGCCCUCUCUUAACCAUUUCAUUUGAACAUUCG